AUUUUGCAUCAAAAUUAUCACCUGACCAGUGACCAGUGACCACCUUCGGCUUCAAUCCUCAGUUCCAUAUGUGACACCCGUGACUCAUCUCUAUCCAAUUUUCAUCUUCCUUCUUACACAUUCCUUCUUAUUUUGCCAACAACUUUUUCUUCUACAAAUUUAGGGCCAAAAGAUGUACAAAUCAAAAUUGCAGGAAUUUUGCCAGUCCAAAAAAUGGCAACUUCCCGAAUACUCCACACAAAGAGAAGGGCUAGAUCAUUGCCCUCAGUUUAAGGCCACUGUAUCUGUCAAUGGCUCCACUUUCACAACUCCGAAUCCCUCCAAAUCUUCCAAAGAAGCCCACAAUUUGGUUGCUCAUAUCGCAUUUCAGCAUCUUACUGGUUCUUCUAGUGCAAGCACUGCUUUACAAGUUCAACCAACCUUCAUUGACGCCCAGCAACCCAAAACGAAUGAAUCUCUGCAAGCUACUUCGUUUAGUGUAGUGAACUCCCCUAAUAGGGAUGAUAAGAAACUUAAAGAUAUGACACAUUUACACAAGAACCAACUGCAAAUCUAUGCUCAAAAGAGAAAUCUAAAUCUUCCUGUGUAUAUUUCUGAGCGUGAUGGCCCUCCCCAUGCUUGUCGUUUUAAAUGUAAGGUCUUGCUAGAAGGAAAGACAUAUGAAAGUCAUGAAUUUUUUAGCACCCUAAAAGAUGCUGAAAAUGCUGCUGCAAAAACUGCUCUAAUGUCGGUAUCAUCUGAUAGAAUUGAAGAGGAAGAUCCAGGUUUCUUCAAAAAUCUUCUACAAGAAUUAGCUCAGAAAGAAUAUGCUUGUUUACCAGCGUAUGUUACAACCCGUUCUGGCCCUCCUCAUAACCCUAUUUUUUCUUCGGCCGUCGAAAUAAACGAGGAGUCCUUUACUGGACAAGAAGCAAAGACCAAGAAGCUGGCAGAGAUGAAUGCAGCAAAGGUGGCCUAUAUUGUUCUUAAAGAACGUAAAGGGAAACAAAACUCUAAAGCUGAUUCACCAGGAUUCCAUGUCAAUGACGCAUCUCAUUAUUCAUCUCCCCAGUCGCACUUGAUUCCCGUUGCUGAAUCGCCAGAUAAACACAUUUCUGCUCCAGAUCCUGUAUCUAAAAGACUUUACAUGGAACAAGUUAGAUGCGGAAAUGGUUCAUAUGGCCAGGAUACUGAUCAAAAUGUUCGUGGACUGGGCACCGGGCCCUCUACACAGAACUUAUCCAGUGAUCCCAGUCAAUCGCCUUCUAGAUCACUAGUCCAUGAAAUUAGUCAGAAAUUGGGCGGCUCUGACGUUUCGUCGUCUUCGCAUAAAAGGAUAAAAGUUUUCCCAUUGACACCGAAUAUGACGUUACCUACAGGAGCCACUGUCAUGCAUAAAGAUGAUAAAUGGAUUGCCGUGUCCAUGGAUUAAAUCCACGGAAAUGCAUAAACGAUAUUUAUUAUGUACUUGAGCUGUUUACCCACCGCCCCUCUGGAUGUGCAAAGAAAGAUGAUGUUGUAAAUGGAGCUAUCUCAUAUUCAAGCUCCUGCACUCAUGGAGCAGUGAACUUUCCGUGUUUUCCCUGUAUGUAAAAGAAAGGCAUUGCUCUAUUACCUUGUUUAGGAAGAGGAACAUAACCUUUGUGACUUUUGUAUACCUAUGCUAGGUUCUCAAAUUUUCUCAGAAGUUUUGUGCAUAGAAUCAAAGGAGCAUUGCAACUCGUGUUACAGAGCCUGCUCUAGUGAAAAAUGCGAUUGUCGUGUAUAGAAGAACCUGCCAUAUAGAGAUCCUUGAACGCCCUACAUUUUAUACAUGGCAAUCUACAUAAAAUGUACUUUACUAAAGUAAUAUGUAUGAGAAAAUAACCUAAGUUCCAUUCGAGCUUUCGCGAAAAAAAAUAAUUAUAAGCACGUUUUUUGCUUCUA